GUCUACUCUUCACAACAGAAAACAGACGACACUGCUUACGGCGGGUGAAAGGAGGCUGCACUGCGCCACAGUUUUAAGUAACUGAUUUAUUCAACAAUGCACCUGAAAAUAUCUCUAUAAGUGGAAAUGUGGCGUGUGAUUCACUCCGUUGGUAGAGGCAUACGGAGUGUUCGUCCCAGUCAGUGCUGCCCCCAAGACUGCUCUGAGGAAGGACCCAGCAGAUACCAUAGCCACCACUACCAUUGCAAUGAAGUGUCUAAAGCAAAGGCAGCAACACUCAGGAACUAUUCUUCUUUUUCAUGCGGAAUUUCCUUAACAUUAAAAAAAUAUGACAACUGUCUGGGUGUUGUUGAGGGGCUCCACACAAGAUCAUGUGACAACAGGAGUCCAGAUACUAAAAGCAGAGGCAGGGCAUACUUUCACCCAAAAUGCCCUCCAUGGCAAUGGAAAAUUCUUCAAGAAAAUAACAAACUUGAGGAAUAUUCCUCAGGAAAAGAAGAAAAUAAAGAAAAAGAAAACAGAAGAGAAUGGGAAAAGACAUGUCACUUUGAAGAAUGGAAAGAAAUCUUGCAGUCAUCUCCCACCCUUCAUGCAUUAGGAUGGGGUUCAGCUGUAGCCCUCACUUGGUCUUUGUAUCAUGACUGGAAUGAGCAUCAUCCUUAUCCAUACCAAAAAAAGAAUGAACAACAGCAAGUAUCUCUUCAUGGCAGUGGAAAGCGUAAUUCAAUUCCCAAGGAUAUUAAAAAUGAAGAUCAGAAAAAUGAAGAGACCCAGAAUUACCAUAAACCUUUCAAAGAUAUUUUUGCUUUUGAAAGUAAAAUGAGAGUUCCUUCAGAAUUUAAUGCUGAAGAUUAUUGCAAAGACUAUUCAAAAGAGAGUUAUAAAGUUCCAAAUUUGAAAUAUAAUUUUAAUGAUAAAAAUACUGACAAACUGAAUAUGGUGCCACAUGAAUGCUCAGCUCAGAAAACAGUUAUACCCAUCUAUUCUUUACAACAAAAUUUUCUUGAUAUGGCUAGGAAAGUUUUCAAGAUUCCAGAAAAUAAUUUCAUAAAAGAAAAACACAAGCUGGAAGACAUCUAUACAAAUGAAGAAUUUCCUGACAUAAUGAAAUCAUCAUUCUCCCUUGAAGACAGAUGGUUUAAUGCACCAGAUAAGACAGAUUUGAGAUGCAUAUCUGAUUUAGAUCAAAGCUUACAGUCACAAAGUUGUAACGGAAAGCCAGAAAUCCUUCAGAAUCAUAACAGUCAUAAGGAGGAAAGUAAUAUUAAUAAGGUAGAGUCAGAUAUUUACCCAGAAAGACUUCCAACAGAAGCUUCUGAGACUGAACUGUCAGCUGAAGAGAAGGAUGGGAGUGAAUAUUGUCAGUCAACAUCACAUAAUGAACCUAUUAAUAAUUUAGACAGUGAUGAAAUAAAAAUGCUUCAAGAGAAACUGCUUGAGAUUGUGAAAGCACACCAUAAAGAACAUCUGUCAGAAAUACUGAAGAAAGGAAAUACCUCACUUGACAGCAAGCCUGAGGAGAUGAUUGUCUAUUUCCAAGCUGGGGUGUUAGUGGGUGACUCUACAUCAGCCUUCAACUUGGCCCUCUGUUAUCACAUGGGGCAUGGCACAACACAGGAUUUGGAAAAGGCACGCAAAUUAUAUGAAGUAGCUUCAGCAGCAGGACAUGGCUGGGCCACCUACAAUCUAGCAGUAAUGCUGAAUCAUGGUCUUGGAGGUCCUUUUCUACCUCAAAAAGCCUACAGUCUCCUCCUUCAAGCUGCAACAAUGGGUGUCAAAGAGGCUAAGGAAGCUCUUUCAGGACUGGAAGAAGAGGAAGACCCUCAGCAGACAUUUUCUCAAGAAGGACAUGAGCCCAGUCUCCGGCAGUGUUACUCGGAGCCUUGCCUGCAUUCACUUCUUAAUAAGGAGUGGCCUCUUUCAUACUCGACAGGUGACCUACACUCUCUACUGGAUGAAGAUGACUGGACUGCUGGUGAUACUUCUACUGUUGCAAAUGUUUCUCAGAUAACCUAACAUUAUCUUGUUUGAUUUAUAUUACAUCUCAUAAUUACUUGAAAAUUAAUAAGUAUAUGGUAUAAUUUGUUAAUCUGAGACUGCAAAUUCAAAUAUAUAUUAUCUCUUGCAUAUCAUGAAAUCUUAUUGAAUUGGGGAAAAAAAAAAUUAAGAAAGCUUUCCCAGGAAUUGUUUACUCUACACUAUAUAAGAUCUUUCUUUUUUUCUUUUAUCUGCAUAUUCAAGAUUCAUAAUAUGAAUACAGUGCUCAUAAAAAGUGAUGGAACAAAAA